CAGCAUGUCCGUCAUUCUACUGACCACCUCGAGUUACUCAUCUGGGUCCAAAAUUCGUCCUGCUUUAGUCAGACCUCGAACACGCACACAGCAGUUAGUUACUUCAACAUUUCCUAUCGCCAGAACUCAGCAAACUUUCCAAAGAGUGGACUUGAAAACAGCCGGCAGCAAGAGUAUCAGCGGACACAAGAUGUCGGAUAUUCUGUCAGAAGAGCAGAUUGCGGAGUUGAUGCAAGUGUUUUCUCUGUUCGACAAGGAUGGCAGCGGCUGUAUUACCACAAAGGAACUAGAGGACGUCAUUCGAACGCUGGGUCGUGAUUUAACGUUUCCAGAGAUUCAGGACAUGAUCAGUGAGAUGGACGCGGACGGUAGCGGUUGCAUCGACUUCCCAGAAUUCCUCAUGGUUAUGGCGCGAAAACAACGGGAACAAGACAACGAAAAGGAGAUCAGAGAGGCCUUCAGGGUCUUUGAUAAAGACGGCAACGGUUUCAUCACAGCAUCAGAGUUGAGGGUAGUGAUGGCGAAUCUCGGGGAGAAGUUGAGCGACGAGGAAGUUGACGAAAUGAUAGACGAGGCAGACAUCGACGGGGACGGACACAUCAACUACAUGGAGUUCUACCAUAUGAUGUCCAAACAAUGAACUCAACAGUCUCUGGACAGACACUGCAUGGCAUAAAACAGCAGGGUGACUAGAAUGUCAUUGGUCAUCAGUGCUGGGGACGAUGCUCAGUUGCCAUCCCGGUUAGUUUACCUAGUCUCUACCAGACUCCCGCCUGGCCGAUAGGCGACUCUGGCCAAGUUAGGAAUAAAAACCUAGUAGUAGUUAAUUGGCCUAGGAGUGUUGACCGGCCUGGUCGCAAACUGUACUCCUCAGCCAUCUAACUCCUUUGGUGUGUUUUCUGUCUUAUUUGGCCAAUUUCUACCAUUUUCCAGCGACCUGUGGAGCCUGGUAGAGGCUAUAUUUUACCGGUACUCCCAUACUCCCUUCGGUUGGCAAAGGGGCGCGUAUGGUAUUCCCGGUAAACUAACAAGGAUAGGGUGGCAGCUAGGUCAUACGCUAUACAAAUGACUGACAGGAUAGGCUUCAUCCAAGCAACAAUUAUGCCAGCAGACUAGGACGCAUCGUUUAUGACGGAGGCGAAGCGUCAUCAUCCCAGUGAACAAGUGUCUGAACAGCUCGAAGGAAUCUUUCGGCUGAGAUGCAACAACGAUUGAUGAUGCUAUGCAGGUUGAGGGUGCAAAUGGCGCUGUACAAUCCAAUGGAUGCAGUAAAAAGACAAUUGAUAGCUCCAGUCGCCAUCUACGGCAUCCCCAACGAUACAAACAAAUCCUGGGCUUCAGGCAUGAAAGCCUCACACAAAACAACAAUAAACAUUCUCCAUGGAAAAUUGGUAAUAUAUUUGUACUCUAUUCAGUACACCGUGUAUACUGAAUACAUGAGAAAAUUCACAUAUAAAAAUGUUGUUCCUUGGAGCAGUACGAUAUUUUGUGUUGUGUAGCUUUUGAUACUUGUAUGAGAUGAUUAUGUGCCAUUUGAAAUGUGUGAAAUAUCAUAGAACUACUCAGUAUCACUAUGUCCCCAUUCACGCGUCGAACAGUAAACAUACACGGUUAAUUGUUCUUUUACGUGUGGAUCACCAAAAUCUUGUUGCACACCAUCCAAAGUGUGUGAGCAAUCUGUGAUCUAGCCAGGAUUCUUCUAUUUCUUUGAAAGUAGCAAUAUCGCAUUGAAAGAUUGUAUGUAUAUACAGCCAUGAUUAUGACUUUGCCUAAAUCUGACAGGGUCAUGUCUUCUUCCUCUCCAACUUGUACCUCUCCGAGAAAUGUCAACAUCUCACGUGUAAAGAUCACCGUAAUCUUGUUGCCACACCUAUUGUUACUGUUGCACAUUCAAUGGAAUGUCAAGUUAUCAUGUUGAUUAGUACUCAUUAAGAAUCUUAUUGUUCUCUCUAUUCUUUCAAUUAUAAAAUGGCAAAGAACUUA